UAUGGUUAUUGUUGGCCGUGUGGGCACGGGAUGUAAUACUGUAAAAGUGGGUCUGGCUUCUACGGUAUGGUACUAACUUAUUGGAAGCGUUGGUCUCACAAAAUCAACAACUAACUUUGCAACAGCAACAGCAAGACAAAGCAACAUGAAAAUCAUUUCAGCUUCCGCCAUAGGUUUGUUCCAACUGGUGGCAGGUGCCAAUCUCCGAGCUUCGUUUCUUCGGAACAAGCAAAGGUCUUUGCAAGAGAUUAGCGCUGCUGAGGAUCCCUUUCUUUGGUUGGAAGACACAAGGAGUCAAGAAUCAUUGGAGUGGGUGGAGACACAAAAUAAUGCCACCGUUUCUGCUCUCGAGGCUCAUCCUUACUUCGACGACAUUUUGCAGCAGUUAGAGCAGAACGGAAACUCUCCAGACCGCAUACCCUAUUUCAAUAUUCGUCAUGGGCUGUUUUACAACUUCUGGAGAGAUGAAGCGCACGUCCGUGGUAUAUGGCGAAGAACUACUAUGGAUUCCUACUUCAACGACACGACCCAGUGGGAAACCAUUCUCGAUUUCGACAAACUAAGUUCAGACGAAAACGAGAACUGGGUGUUGUCAGGAAUCACUUGCCUCCCGCCUGAGGAGGUGCGUUGCAUGAUUUCCCUUUCCAGAGGCGGUGGAGAUGCCACCGUAGAACGAGAGUUUGACCUCGAGGAUAUGGCGUUUGUCGAAGACGGCUUCCUUUUGCCAGAAGCUAUCACAUUUGCAAGCUGGAAAGAUGCGGACACGCUCUGGGUAUCCACUGACUUUGGAAACGGCUCCCUCACAACGUCAGGUUACUCAAGAUUCGUAAAGCAAUGGAAGCGUGGAACGCUACUUGAGAAUGCCACCUCUGUGAUUGAGGGGAGUGUGGAUGAUGUGUUCGUCUUCGGUGGAACUGAGUAUUCACCCGAGCGAACCUACGAAGUCUUUUCUGUUUACGAAACCUUCUUCUUAGCCAAUCAUUAUCAUCUAAGGGCAGAAGAUGGCGAAAUCAUACAGCUAGACGUCCCGAAAGAUGCAAGCAUUCUUCGCUUCUUCAAGAAUCAAAUGCUGUUGCAACUUCGAAGUGCAUGGGAGGUUGCUGGUGACAACGAGACGUUUGCAUCAGGUGCACUCCUUGCAAUUGACUUCGACGACUUCCUCUCUGGAAGCCGGGCCUUCACCGUUGUCUUCCAACCAAGUGAAAGGGUUGCUCUUGAUAUAGUGUCGAGUCCGGAUGAUGGUAUUGAAAAUUUCAUCGUGUACACCACACUCGACAACGUUAUCAGCAGGAUGUAUAGAGCUACGAUCGACGAGGCUGGAGUCUGGACAGAAGAAGAGAUUCAGUUGCCUAGUCUGGGAUCUGCAGGAGUCCUCAGCAGAAGUGGCUUCAAUGAUACGUUCUACAUCUACUACUCUGAUUUUCUAACUCCCACGACUUUGUAUCGAGUGCACAGCGAUGGCCACAUCGAGUCUGUGAAGGCAUCGCCUACUUUGUUCGACGGAUCCGGCGUUACUGUUGAACAAUACCACGCAACGUCCAAGGAUGGAACUCAGAUUCCGUAUUUCAUCAUCAAACCAUCGGAUCUUGUCCUCGACGGGAGUAACCCAACUCUGUUGUAUGGAUAUGGUGGCUUUGAAGUUAGUUUGGUACCACAAUACGACUCUGAAGUAGGGGCUGCGUGGAUCGAGAGAGGUGGAGUUUACGUUGUGGCCAAUAUUCGUGGCGGAGGCGAGUUUGGACCAGAAUGGCACCAAGCGGCAGUUCGUGAGAACCAUCAGACCAAUUUUGACGACUUCAUAGCCGUGGCUGAAAACUUGAUUGACCGCAAGAUUACUUCGCCCGCUCAUCUUGGAAUUCGAGGCGGAUCUCAGGGAGGCUUGCUUGUUGGAGGAUCAUUUGUUCAACGUCCGGAUCUUUUUUCUGCGGUCGCUUGUCACGUUCCACUGCUGGACAUGCGCCGGUUCAGCAAGCUUCUGGCAGGUGCAAGCUGGAUUGACGAGUAUGGGGACCCCGAUACCGACGACUGGGAGGACUUUAUUUCGUCCUGGUCGCCCUACCACAACUUGAAAGCUGAGGAACAAUACCCACAUGUGUUCUUUCAAACAUAUACAAGUGACGACAGAGUCCACCCGGCCCAUGCACGCAAAAUGGCUGCUAAAAUGCUGGAUAUGGGUCAUUCUUUGUACUUUUACGAGGCAACAGAGGGAGGACAUGGUGGUGGAGCAUUGACAAACCAACGAGCUUACACAGAUGCGCUUACCUACACGUACUUGUGGAAAAUGCUGGCAAACAGUGACCAACCUGAAGGGUCAGAUGCGGAUUCGGAGGUGGAUCUCCCCGGUGCCGAAGUCUCCAAGCAACUGGAACAACCCGAUCUCCCAUAGCGGCCUGUAUACAUACCGGUAGUCAUAAAAGCAAAUAGAUGUUCACCCACUGUACUUGUUAUCGGGUGGCACGAUAUCUCGUGUCAAAAUACAUGAU